AUGUCGGCGAUGUUGGACGACCCAAAUGCGCCGCCAAUGUACCGUACCUCAGGUCAAACGCCCUAUCCCGAGCAGUAUGGAGACCUCCCUCCCGAAGUCGCGCCCAAGCAAGUCACUCUACGCGAUCGAGUCACUAUCGCUACACUUGUUCCCUUCUCUUCGCCGCUGCAAGUUCCAGCACGCCUCAUGGCGUACCUUUGCGAGAUGCUGAAUCGCGAGAUCGAAAAGGGCGAUACACUCCCCAUGACGGAAACCAUGGGGUUGUCCCACUUCGGCAACUACUGGUUCUCGAACUUCGGAGCUAUCAUGAUCAUGGGAGACAUUCAGUCGACCGAAGAGGUGGCGCAGAUGGAGGCAAGAAGUGUGGAGUGGUCAAAAGAAUGUCUAGGCAGCUUCUUCAUCAAGCCAAACUACCCAGGUAGAAGUAGUCACGUCUGCAACGGCAGCUUUUUGGUCACGGAUGCCGCUCGAAACCGGGGAGUGGGCAGGCUCAUGGGCGAAGGAUACCUCCGAUGGGCGCCCAAGCUAGGGUACACCUACUCCAUAUUCAACUUGGUCUACGAGACCAAUGUGGCAUCAUUGCGUAUCUGGGACGCUCUGGGUUUCAAGCGCGUGGGCAGAGUCAAGGGAUGCGGAGAUCUCAAGAGCUACCCCGAGACAUUGAUUGAUGCGAUUAUCUUCGGACGCGAGUUGGGCGGCGAUGGCGAUGAAUACGUGACCGAGGAGCGCUUUGAGAAGAUUCGAUUCUACCUUAAGACUGGUACUUAUCCACCCGGCUCCGACCGCGCAGAGAAAUCCCGCCUCCGCUCUGCGGCUACUCAUUACAAGCUAGUGGAGAAUACCGACGGCAGCGGUGAGUGGGAGAAGCUCAUGCUAAAGGGCAAGGAAGUUAUCUCCGACCCCCACAAGCAAUACGAGAUCGCACACGACAUACACGCUCUGAGCCACGGCGGUAUCAACAAGACGACAGCUGCCAUCGCCGAGAAAUAUCACUGGGUUCGCAUCAAAGAGACUGUCAGCGCCGUCAUAAGAAACUGCGUAGAUUGCAAAGAUACGACGGUCAGCACCUUGAAGUCCGCGCCGUCGUAUUCCAGCAAUCGGCGAGGUCCCGCCGCAAACUCGACCGCUCCGUCUCGGACAAGUCGUAACACCGUCACGGCGGCCGCCGAUCCCACCCAGGACACGCUUGGAGGGGCAUCUCCAACUCUCGAGGGUCAAAUCGAGCAAGAAGAGCACCCGCCACAGCAAUCUCAACAGCAGCCAGCACCGACUGCUGCGAUGGCAGGUGUGCAAUACACCAGCCCUGAAUUCGGCGAUUUACCUGUGGAUCCGCAGAUCAUGAACGGCAUCUCACAGUGGGAUGCUCCGCAGCAAGAGCACAUGCAGCUCGACAAUGGCGAAGAAGACUCCCAACACAAUGGAGAAGAGUCGACGCAGGACGAGGUGUCCACGAGACUAGUAGAUCAACUACAGGCUUCGAUUCGGCCAUUUGGCUACGUUCCUGGGAAGCGUCAGCGUCGUGCCUAGGUGGCGCCCUCUGAAAGCACUGACUGCCACGACCUAGAAGGAGAUACCCUGCAGAUUGCCAGUACAGCAUUCGACAUUGCUGCUGCGCCCCAGCAAGCCCUCGAUUUGGCGGACUUUGGCUUGUGA